AUGAAGUUCGUUAUCUUAACUUUGACAAUUUUCUUUGGAAAUACAUUAUCAUGGGGCGGAUAUAAAAUAAAUUUUGAAUACAGUGAUUUAGAGUAUGACGAAAAUCUUUUUAAUAUGGAAGUGCAGAUGAAACGGGCUGAUGAUAAAACUGUGGUCAAUGUACGCGCCGAACAAUUCGAAGAUAUUCAGGAUCCGAUUUUCAUUCACGUGGCACAUUUCGAAAAAGUUAAUAAUGAAUAUAAUCACUUGAUCAACACUUCUUUAAAUGCUUGUAAUUUCAUGAGUCGUGCAAAGUCACAUCCGAUUGUCAGACUGGUGAUGAAGGAAUUACUCAGAUCGAGUAAUUUCCCAACUUCAUGUCCAAUCAAAAAGGCAAGAUUUAAAUCUUAUGAAGAAAUUCUAAUUUUAGCUAUGUAUUAUUUGAUUUUUCAGGGUAUUUAUUACAUGAAAGAUUUCAUUCUCAAUGAUGACUUACUUCCUCCAUUCCUGCCUUUGGGAAAUUUCAUGUCAAUAAUCCGAGCUACACGUUCUAUCGAUGACAACGAAAUGGCUUUGGUUAGAAUGAUCAUGUAUGUUAACAUAGACUAUCCUAAAGAAAAAAAGGGUUUGAAGUUCUUUUAA